UGAGUAUUCGGCCGCAGCCCUUGUUUGAUAACACAGUUGGGUGGAUCCAAAACACGAGGACGAGGGGAGGACGAGGGGAUUGUCAUUCAUUUUUUAGCGAGUUCGUUUCAUGAAACCAAUCGAGGAUUAAAGCGUAUCCACAAAUCUAAAACAAAAGGGUGAUGUCAGCAGCCUCUCUCAUGCGCCUGGCAAGGUGCAGUGGUCCUCAUGUGGGAUGCAGUGGUCUUUUACAGAAAGCCCUUGUCUACCCACUCACAUUCCAGCAGGACAGCCACCUCCAGUUCACAAUCUCGCGGAGACAAAUUUACACUCCUUCAAGACGACGGCACAGCAACACACGCUUUGAUCCUGACAGCAGUGGCCGCCCCACUACUUGGGAUUCAUUUGGCAUCUGGGACAAUCGUAUUGAUGAGCCCAUCCUGCUGCCUCCCAGCAUUCGCUACGGGAAGCCCAUCCCUAAAGUCAGCUUAUCGAGGGUAGGCUGUGCCUCGCUCAUUGGUCAACGCAAAGGGAACGAAGACCGCUUCCAGGUCUCCCAGAUAACUGACAACAUCCUCUACUUUGCUGUGUUUGAUGGGCAUGGCGGGCCAGAAGCAGCUGACUUUUGUGAAAAAUACAUGGAGAAAUUCAUCAAGGAUCUUGUGGCAAAGGAGUCCAAUCUGGAACUGGUUUUGACGAAGGCCUUCCUUGAAGUAGACAAAGCUCUUCAAAAGGACUUGCACUUCUCCCCAAAUGCCCCCGGGAUGAAUGCAGGAACCACCGCCACUGUGGCCCUGCUGAGGGACAGCAUUGAGCUGGUGGUGGGAAGUGUUGGUGACAGCCGCGCCAUGCUGUGCCGCAAGGGCAAAGCCCUUAAACUUACCAUCGACCACACUCCUGAAAGGAAGGAUGAGAAAGAGAGGAUAAAGAGAAGUGGAGGUUUUAUCACCUGGAAUAGUCUGGGACAGCCAAACGUGAACGGCAGGUUGGCCAUGACACGCAGCAUUGGAGAUUUUGACCUGAAGAACAUGGGGGUCAUUGCUGAGCCUGAGACCAAGAGAAUAUCUUUGCACCAUGCCCACGACUCCUUCCUGGCGCUAACUACAGACGGCGUUAACUUCAUUAUGAACAGCCAGGAGAUCUGCAAUGUCAUCAACCAGUGCCACGACCCCAAGGAGGCAGCUCAGAGAAUAUCUGACCAGGCUCUUCAGUAUGGCUCCGAGGACAACAGCACAAUCAUCGUGGUGCCCUUUGGUGCUUGGGGAAAGCACCAGAGUUCGGACACAAGUUUCUCUUUCAGCAGAAGUUUUGUGUCCAGCGGUCGCUGGGCGUAGUCCGCAGGAUGUUGGAUGAAAAGGUUUGGUCUGUGGACCUAAUUAAUGUGUGCAAUACAAUCGAACAACAGUGCCCUUGCGGAAACAUUAUAAAGAGUGCAGCCUGCCCAAACAAUAAUACCUAAGGGUUACAAUGUGUUAUUUUAGAGUAGCAUGAUAUUUAUUACCCUCUGUGAAGAAAGUGGCAGUGAAUUCAUGACUUGCACUUAAUUAAUUUAAUUCACUUAAAACAUCCUCUUUGUACAAGGUUUUAUCUACUAGUAAGCCAACGACCCUACAGGUGCUAGAAGCUGAGAAGUGUUUGAAUGGCAGACAGGAAGUCACGGUGACAUGCAAGUCGUAACUUAACAAAUAUGUAGCCCGCUCUGCAUAAGCUAAGAUUUAAAGGCUAGUAUUUCUCACUGUCUGCCAUUCAGAUAUACAUUUUUUUUUUUUUUAUCUUUAGCUGUUCAAAAUGCCCAAAUGUGCAUUUUUUAAAUGGUGGUUAACUUAUCUUGGAUGAUUUGCAUUUUCAAAAAACAUAUGCAUCUGAAUUUGACCCAUUUUGAAACCAUUUCUCAGUGUUAAUGGAUUAAAUGCAUAGAAGAAAGUGGGGAAAAUACAAAAUAAUUGAACUGUAUUCAUUUGUCAAUUGAUUGAAACAUUGUAUGAGAAUACAAAAUCUACUAAAAUUUACAAAUAACAUCACUACUACUGAAGCAAGUAUCAGUAGCAAAAUAAGUCUAUGAGUAGGUCUCCUUUUCAAAUUGUGCAUCUAAAUUAGACUACGGAAUUAUAAAAAAUAUCAGCUCUGAAAAUGCUUUGGUCCUGAUUUUCCCCGUGAAUAACAAACAAACACAUUGUUUUGUGGGUUUUAUUUGUACUUAAAAUAGCUACUAAAGCACCAAUAAAAAAACGUUGAUACCGAAUUGUACAAUCUUGAUGGUUUGGGAGAACUGAACUAAACCCUGAAUGUUCUGUGAACUAGUAUGAAUGGAGAUGAUUACUGCUGUUUGCAUGAGUGGCUGACAUUUCUAAAAAUACGGGGGAUAUUAAGAUAAGAUAUUGAAGUUUCGAGCUUGUAUACUGAUGUGAAACCAGUCUUGUUAGGGCACCAAGAAGUGUCCAGGGAAAAGAAAUGUCCAUUUUAUGUUUUGUAUAUAAUUCUAUUUAUGUACAUCUGGAAAACUGUUCUCUGUUACAUUUACUCAAAACUUCUCUAAAGAGCAUCUCUCAUAUCAGAAUAUUUUAUACAUGCAGGACCUUUGCCUAGGUGCUUGUAUUGUGAAAAGCUACAUUAUUUUGAUUGUAACUUGGUUACAAUCAAAAUAAUAUCAAAAAGUCCUUAUUUACACUUCUUAUGUGUCAGUCAGAAAUAGAAAAGCACACUUAAUGCAACACUAAAUAAUUGUUCAGCUAAGAGCCAUGUAUGACAAUGUGAAUGUUUGCUUAAAUGCCCUCCAUGACUGAAGAAUACAAUCAAACCAUGUAGGGUAAUUAAGUUGUAUACAUUGUCUUGACUGACCUACUGUGAGUGGAUACAUUUCCAGUGUAAGGCAGACUUGCACCAUUAGAUCGACUUUACAGGUUUUUUGUUCACUGUUGAUCUUUUGUUUUGUGGUUGUUAAAGCAAAUCACAAAUGCAGCACUUCAUAUUUAUCAGCAUUGUUCUGUCUGUGCAGCCAUCAGUUUUUCCUUUUAUAAAAUGUUUUGUAAAUACUGUUUUCCCCCCUUCAUUCAUAUAUUGAAUGAAACUCUGAUUAUUAUAACAACUUUGUCUUUAUAAUGAACUCCUCCUCCUCUUCCUUUCAAGCCUCCUCAUGUAAAGGUUAUAUAUCAGUUUUAUUUACUGUAUUUUGUUUCACUGCUUUUCAAAUAUAAUCACUGUAGCUGUGUACUCUUUUCUGGGACCUAAAUGUGACUGUUUCAAUAACACUCUGUUCGUAAUGUAUUUUUGGUCUGAAUGGCUUGUGAAUUAAAAAUGUGAAUUUUGGGCAGUGGUGGCCUAAAGGUUAGA